CGGGUCGGCCUGGGUCCGUGGGAGCCGGGCCCGGCGCGAUGAUGAUGAUGGCCUUGAGCAAGACGUUCGGGCAGAAGCCCGUGAAGUUCCAGCUGGAGGAAGACGGCGAAUUCUACAUGAUUGGGUCCGAGGUGGGGAACUACUUGCGCAUGUUCCGGGGGUCCCUGUACAAGAGGUACCCCUCCCUGUGGAGGCGCCUCGCCACCGUGGAGGAGAGGAAGAAAAUUGUGGCGUCGUCCCAUGGUAAAAAAUCCAAACCUAGCGCCAAGGAUCACGGCUACACCACCCUGGCCACCAGCGUGACCCUGCUGAAGGCCUCCGAGGUCGAGGAGAUCCUGGACGGCAACGACGAGAAGUACAAGGCCGUGUCCAUCAGCACGGAGCCUCCCACCUACCUCAGGGAGCAGAAGGCCAAGAGGAACAACCAGUGGGUCCCCACCUUGCCCAACAGCUCCCACCAUCUGGACGCCGUGCCCUGCUCCACCACCAUUAACAGGAACCGCAUGGGCCGGGACAAGAAGCGCACGUUCCCGCUCUGCUUUGAUGACCACGACCCUGCAGUGAUCCAUGAAAAUGCAUCCCAGCCCGAGGUUCUGGUUCCUAUUAGACUGGACAUGGAGAUCGACGGGCAGAAACUCAGAGAUGCUUUCACAUGGAACAUGAAUGAGAAACUGAUGACCCCAGAAAUGUUCUCAGAAAUCCUCUGUGAUGACUUGGAUCUGAAUCCUCUGACCUUUGUCCCUGCCAUCGCUUCGGCCAUCCGGCAGCAGAUCGAGUCCUAUCCGACGGACAGCCUCCUGGAGGACCAGUCAGACCAGCGUGUCAUCAUCAAGUUGAACAUCCAUGUGGGCAACAUCUCUCUGGUGGACCAGUUUGAGUGGGACAUGUCUGAGAAGGAGAACUCUCCAGAGAAGUUCGCCUUGAAACUGUGCUCAGAGCUCGGCCUCGGCGGGGAAUUUGUCACCACCAUCGCUUACAGCAUUCGGGGCCAGCUCAGUUGGCAUCAGAAGACUUACGCUUUCAGUGAGAACCCUCUGCCCACGGUGGAGAUUGCCAUUCGGAAUACUGGGGACGCCGACCAGUGGUGCCCCCUCCUGGAGACCUUGACCGACGCUGAAAUGGAAAAGAAGAUCAGAGACCAGGACCGCAAUACCAGGUGCCCUCUGUCUGUCCUGACCCUGGGGGGCCUGGGGGGGGGCAGCCGGGGCGCGGCCCCCACUCACUCUCUCCCCUCUGCUCCCCAGGCGCAUGCGACGUCUCGCCAACACGGCCCCAGCCUGGUGAGCCCCUGGGCCGCGUGGAAGCCUCCCAAGACGGGCCCCUUUGCCUUUCCUCCGGGCGGGAGCGGCUGCUGCCCUCGGCCACCUGCCCCGUCCGGCCGCGCCACGUGACCUGGGCCGGGCCCAUUGGCUUGUAGCCUGUGGCUGCCGCGGCCCAGCGGGAAGAUUUCUUAAAUAAAGAGAAGGUGGGCGUUCAUGUCUCCUCCUGA